CCUCCCACGCUUCCACAUCCUUUGCACAAAUCGACAUGGCAAAAGAAGAGUUUCCCCAAGUCGAGGGCGGCGGUUCGCUGAUCCUCGCCUGGCAAGUUCGGAAUAAGAAAGUACUCGUCGUUGGCGGCGGCGAGGUAGCAGCCGGCCGCAUCCUGAAUCUCCUCAACGCCGACGCAAAAGUGCUCCUCGUCGCCCCACGCGAUGGCCUGAACCCCGAAGUCGCACACCGCGUCGAGCAGAAACAGGUCGAAUACAUCCCUCGCGUAUUCCAGCCAUGGGAUCUCGACGAUCCAGAGAUCAGUAUGGUGCUUGUUGCAAUCGAUGAUCCGGACGCGAGUAGUCGGUUAUGGAAACUUUGCAAACAAAAGAGAAUCCCAGCGAAUAUUGCAGAUGUACCACCGGAAUGCGAUUUCUAUUUUGGAUCUGUGCAUCGCGAUGGGCCGUUACAGAUUAUGGUUAGCACGAAUGGGAAUGGGCCGAAGAUGGCGAAUAUUGUCAGGAGGCGGAUCGCGAGCAGUUUGCCGCCGAAUAUGGGAGAUGCGAUUAAGAAGGUGGGAAAGCUGAGGAGGAAAUUGAGGGAGAUGGUGCCGGAGGUUGAGGCUGGGCCGAAGAGGAUGGGGUGGAUGUCGAAGGUUUGCGUGCAGUGGAGUUUGGAGGAUUUGUGUGAUAUGGAAGAAGAGGAUAUGGAGCGGUUGUUGGAAUAUUAUGCUGAGAAUCGGGUGCCGAGUUUCACGGAUAUACGUGGGCCACCUUGGGAGUUUGAUGGUAGUUUUGGUUGGGCGUGCGUUGUGUGAAGACGGGUUGUCUCUCUGCUUAAGUUAGAUAUACACAGCGAGGCGUUGGAUAGGGAUGCGAUUGUGAGCCUCUUCGUUCUAUCUAUUUCG